CUAAUUAUUGAAUCAAGGCCAACCAAUCAAGAAGCUUAUGUACCAUACAUCUAUCUUUUUCUCUUUGUUUAUGUCCUAUUAUACAAAGUACAGUUAGGCAUGUCUUCCAACUUUGUUAUUAAACAACUCUCUCAAUAGUUGAUGAGAUUACCCUAGAAAUCACCUCAAAGAUGGAACUGCUCGACAACAAUAUGAAAACCGCAGUUGAGAAUUUCAACUCAUCUGACGUUAAUUUUCAUGGGUUUAUGCCUAUGCAGUCUGGUGACAAUUUCUCAGAUCAUCAUCUUCGUCCUCAGAGGUCUCAUCCUCUUCCGUUUAUGCCUGUACAACAAGAUAGUAUUAAUUCCAUUCAGAGCUUUGCUUUCAAUGGUGAUCAUCAAUCUGGUGCAGUCUAUGAUUCUAUCAACCAUUUCCCUACAAUGGUUGAAACAUGUGUCCUUCAACGUGAUGCAGGUAUGGCCACAAUAGUAGAAAGCUUCAUGAAUUCGAACCCUCCUCUCUAUGACCCUGGAUGUAUUGGAGAAAACAAGGGCUAUGGUGGCAAAAAGAGAAAGAAAAACAAAGAAGCCAGUGGGGAGAAACCGAAAGAUGUUGUUCAUGUGAGAGCAAAGAGAGGUGAAGCUACUGAUAGUCACAGUUUGGCUGAAAGGCUGAGAAGAGAGAAGAUAAAUGAAAAAUUGCGACGCUUGCAAGAUCUUGUUCCAGGAUGCUAUAAGACAAUGGGAAUGGCGGUUAUGUUGGAUGUAAUAAUCAACUACGUUGGUUCAUUGCAGCAUCAAAUCGAGUUUCUCUCAAUGAAGCUUUCGGCAGCAAGCAUGUUCUACGACUUUAACACCUCUGAAAUGGAUCCCUUGGAUGCAAUGAAGGGAAAUGGGCAUGAGACACAAGUAAUAGAGAAGAUGAUUGGAGAAGGGUAUGGAGACCUUCCUCGCUUUCAAUCAACAUGGUCUCCUUGAAUUAGAUUGUUGGCAUGAAACACAAGUAAGAGAGAAGUAUGAUUUGAGAAGGGUAUGGAGACCCUCGCUUUCAAGUUUCAAUCAACAUGGUCUACUUGAAUUCGAUUGCUAUUAAAUAGACUUCAUAUAUAAUUUUACACUUGGAAUAUGCUAUCCCAUCUCUUUAUUUUAAAUUUAAAUAAAUGUAAAACGUGUUUGUUAAUGACAUAGGUUGUAUGCUUUGUUUGAAUAUAAAACGUAUUUGUUAAUGUGA